UCUCAUCUGUAGUCUGCUUUUUUCCCAGAUGGCGUCCGAAGAGGCAAUAAAAGAUUUAUUUUUUGACUUUAAUCGACAAUCUCUGUUCGAGGUAACUGGAGACAGAAACAGAACGUUAAACAAGAGAAAUCAACUUCACCGACUUGUUUACAUUGCCAGGCUUCGUGAUGACAAUUUUGACAGAGCCGAAGUUGCCGAUUAUUAUGAAAAACACAUCAAGAAGUUGCAGGAGGAUUUUCAGAGUGAACAGAUCACAGGACUGAUGCUUACAUACCUGAAAUACAUUGUCCAUGCAGUUGAGUCAUCUUCUGAGACAAUUCUGAAUAUGGUGAAGUUUGUACAUCAGGGUGUAACCAGCGAGCAUGGCUAUGAAUCACUAGCCAAGAUUUUGAUCCUCUCGCAUGACAUUCCCAGUCGGAUAUUUCAACAGUGGGGUUCUCGCAUUAUUGAUGUGGAGGAGCAUCACACGGAGCCAUAUGAUCCACCAGGAUCAACGGAAGAUGUUAUAUCAGAUGUGCUCAGACAGCUACAUAAAAUGGGCAACGUCAUGGCAACAAAGCCAAAGCCAUCUUUGAGAAGUGUCAUUGAUUUAAUGCAAAAAAUUCCAGAACAUCUUCCACAACAAGCUGCUAUCAAUUACCUGUUGGAACAAGAUGACCCCUGUAUGAUUUUACCACAAGAGUACAUUGAUAUAUAUGAAAAGGAAUUCGAUGUCACUUUAGAAGGAGACCUGUUGUGGCCAGAAGACACAAAACUGUUUCCAUACUACUGAGAGGAUGUUGACAAACAAACCUUUUCGGCAGUAGACUUGACAAUUUUAACAUGGCAGAACAAUUGUUUAUUUCUCCACCCAUUCAUUCAUUGAUUCAUCCAUCCAUCUAUCCCUCCCUCCCUCCAUCCAUCCUUCCAUCCAUCCAUCCAUCCAUCUAUCUAUCUGCAUUGCUAUUUUUCUCGUGAUUCUGUUAUCAUUUAAUUUCAUAAUGCUCUAAAAUAUGCUGUCUCAGAGGACCUCUUUUUUUCACACACAAACCGAACCGUCACCCCAUGCUUCUUAUUUCCAGCAGGCCAUAUUGUUGUUGUUGUUGUUUUAGAAGGACAUAUUUCUUUUAGACUGCUGUUUCAAAUAACAAUAAUAAAGGCACGACAUAUUUUACUUCCUAUGUCGAGCUCGGUAAUAAUGUAAUUCUUUAUAUAUAGAUCACUUGCAGUAUUUGGGUGGUGAUAUUGGAUGCAGUUUUAUUUAUUUCAAACUGAAAUAGUUGUUCAUUAUUUUCUCACAGCUAAUGUUAAAAAGAAGAACUAAAAUACUGAAUUUAUUAUUACAAUCUUGGCAAUGAUUAUUCAUGGCAAUGGGCAAAACCAUGGAGACUGCCGCAGUGUUUUCAUAUUUCCGUGGAGACUUAAUUUUCCAUAGCAUUUUGUUUUUGCCAUGACCAUUUUCUUAAUGGUCAGGUUUGUUACUGACCAUUUAUGUAUAUCUUCUAGAGUAAAAAUGCUAAAUGUAUGUAUAGGACUCUUUACCUGACACUGCUAUUAUUACUACAACGACGCACCAUAUGAUAAGACUGGCUAUUUCUUAGUAGGAGGAAUAAGGAAGGAAAUGUUUUAUUUAACGACGCACUCAACACAUUUUAUUUACGGUUAUAUGGCGUCAGGAGGAAUAAGGUGUAUUGUUCCUUAAAUGAAACCCAACACCAUUACAUUGUUAAUAAACCUGUAUAUUCUCUCUCACGUUGUGUAUGGUCUACUGCCUGAAUGCAAACAAACUUAGUAUGAUGCUAUAAUUUAAAC